GCGCUUGUAGGACAGUUGAUUUUUCUAUCUCACAUUCACAUACAUAGAGGAAGAGAAUCCCCAAUGACGGCACUGUUAGAAGCAGCAUCGCCACAAUACUUGAAUUGCAGCAACAACUACCCAUCACUAUUGCCCCCCUCGUCCUCUACUACAAAGACUUGCAUUUCUUUCUCAGCUUCUCCUCAACUCUCGGAAAAUUCUCCAAAUUCGUCUCCUGAACGCUCUCGGAAGAUUGUUAAAAUCGCCUGGGAGAAGCUUGUCCGGUGGUCCCGCUCUUGGCGCAAUAAGAACAGCACUGAUGUCCUCCGACGCACCACCAAGGUGGUUGUUCUUGGAGGUGGUUCCUUUGGUACAGCUAUGGCUGCCCAUGUUGCUAAUAGAAAGUCUGGUUUGGAGGUUCAUAUGCUUGUGCGUGAUUCUUUAGUAUGUCGGUCAAUCAAUGACAACCACUGUAACUGCAAAUACUUUCCAGAACACAUGCUACCGCACAAUGUGAUUGCCACCACUGAUCCCAAAACUGCUUUGCUUGGUGCAGACUACUGUCUUCAUGCUGUGCCUGUCCAGUUCAGCUCCUUGUUUCUUGAGGGCAUUUCUGAAUUUGUUGAUCCUGCCUUGCCUUUUAUAUCCCUUAGCAAGGGCUUAGAGCUCAACACCUUGCGGAUGAUGUCUCAGAUUAUUCCCCAGGCACUCAAGAACCCUCGUCAGCCUUUUAUUGCACUAUCCGGCCCGUCUUUUGCACUGGAAUUGAUGAACAAGUUACCGACAGCAAUGGUUGUGGCUUCUAAGGACAAAAAAUUGGCUUAUGCCGUACAACAGCUACUAGCUUCUUCUCAUUUAAGAAUCAGCACUUCAAGUGAUGUUACAGGGGUGGAAAUUGCAGGCGCACUUAAAAAUGUGCUGGCCAUAGCAGCUGGAAUUGUGGAAGGAAUGAAUCUUGGUAAUAAUUCCAUGGCAGCUCUUGUGGCACAAGGUUGUUCUGAAAUCCGCUGGCUGGCUACAAAGAUGGGUGCAAAGCCUGCUACAAUUACUGGUCUGUCAGGAACAGGAGAUAUUAUGCUUACAUGUUUUGUUAAUCUCUCAAGAAAUAAGACAGUCGGAGUGCGCCUUGGAUCAGGGGAGAAGCUUGAUGAAAUAUUGAGUUCCAUGAACCAGGUGGCAGAAGGUGUCUCAACAGCAGGGGCGGUGAUUGCAUUGGCCCAGAAAUAUAACGUUAAGAUGCCAGUUUUGACAGCAGUUGCUCGGAUCAUAGAUAAUGAAUUGACUCCAAAAAAGGCUGUUCUUGAAUUGAUGAGACUGCCUCAGGUUGAAGAAGUGUAAGAAGGUGGGGAGGAUCUGAAAUGCCUCAUUUCAUAUUAAGAGGAGAUACUUGCAGAGUCAGCUUAAUCAAAUUCUUUCUGUUUUAUUUUAAAUACUAAGUACACGGCUCUCGCUUCGCUUCGAGUCUAGCAUUUUUUAUUUAGAAUAAUUUGAUUAGUAAUGAUUUAAUUUUAUUAAAUUUUCGAAAACUCAUAAGGAGCCGUUUUUGUAAAUAAAAAAAAAACUAUUAUUGUAAAAAUACUUAAAAAAUUCUCAACAAUUUUUUAAUUUAAUAAAUUACUUGCAAUUUCUAUUAUUCAUAUUAUUUACAAUAAAUACUAUCUUUGUAUGUU